CCGUCCUGUUCUGAUCAUCCGGAGAGCGGGAACCCUUGACGUCCCGUUUUGUCUACGCUGCGGAAAGAAAGAAGACAGAGACGUCGUCAUUAACCUUGGGUUUCAUCAAUACAACCUCGCCGGUAUUCGAUAUCCACCUCCGCAAACUCCAGGUUGUGUAGUGGGCAACCAGCAGCUCACACAAAAGCGAACCUCCCUCCCGCCUGACCCGUCCACCCCGUUCUCGAUUUCGACUUGAGCUCGUCUUUUCGUACCCGCUCAGACAUCAUCUCUCCCACCCGCACCGCAUUUGCAGCGCGCACGAUAGCCCGCACCAACAACUUUGGCCGCAUCGCAUUUUGCAGUCGCUCGGUCAGGUACAUUGCUUACUUGACUUGCAUUAGAAUUAAAACUAUACCACUUAUUGUACGACAUCGUUGUCGUUAUCUUGUCCCAAACCACGGACGUAACCCAUUACACAUCACACCAACCCUUUUUUUUUUUUUUCUCUCCCUCUUAGAACCCAGCCCAUAUUCGAGUCAACCACUCACGAAGCGGUCACCGCUCAUCGCAGUAGUUACCUCUAUUGAUCAUCCCAAAUCGCAAGACCCAAUCCAUCAUCGCUGCUUUGUUCCCUAUUUCUCUUUCCCACUCCAUCGAGUCAUCCAUCCAUCCCUCCAUCCAUCCAUCUUUGCUUUUUCUUCCUUCAUUGAUUCAUUCCACCGAGAGAAGGAGAACAGGAACAAAAGGUCCAUUCAAUCGGGUGUGCGCAAUCAACCACCUCGAGCACCCACUUCUUCGUCUCAAUCCACGGCAGCGAUCACUUUCCACUCAGGGAACUCGAGACCCACCGACUUAGUUACCAAGGAAGCCGCUUCCGGACAUCCAUCGACCACCACAACUGCACUUCCCUUCACCCUGACCUGACCUGACCUGACCUGACCUGACUUCCCGGCAAUCUGAAUAAGGACCGAAGCGAAGCCAGCAUCCAUCGAUACAUUGCAUUUUGCAAUUUUACUCUGGUUACAACCACACUUCAGUUUUAUCAGCACCUGAUAGCAACAACGUUCCUUUUUUGACGGACCCGCGUCGACGCUACAUCACAGAAGCAAGCCACACCCUCUUUAAUUUCGAUCGAUUUUCCGGAGAAGCGCCUGUGCCAUCCAGGGGGGGAGACGCACUCCAAACCACAACCGCCAAACUACUAGCAAAACAGUCAUUUGAAUACGUACGAUCAACUUCAUUUCAAACCAAACCGGGAAUCGUCUUCGACAGACCUACACUAAACAUUCAAUAUGGCCGACACAACCGAAUCAAAACGUCUCGGCAAACGCCCAGAGACCGACGAUGCGCUUCAACAACAACAGCAACAAGCGACACCAGCAACAGGCGGCGUAAUCCAGAUGGAACAGGUUAACAACCAACCAGCCACCGCCUCCGCAACAACCGCAACAACAGGCUCACCGUCCCAUGCCCAGAACAACAAGGAAGGCGAACCAUCAAUAUCCACAGUCACCGGCGCCGUGCCCGUCACAUUGCAAGAUGUCAUGGACGAAACCGACCCAGUUUCCCCCCCAGAACCCCAACCACAAGCCGUCAACGAUCCCGACUCGAUAUCUCAAGCAUCUCAGUCAGCGUCGGGACCCAGUAGUACCGAAGCCCCAGUCUGCAACAUCACCCUCCUCCUGCCCACGGGAGCCCGACACCCAUACAAGAUCGACGAAAAGUAUCUGUCCAAACGGGGCGUCGACAUUCCCGAGACAGUGGCGGGGACGGGCCAGCCGGACCCGUUUAGCAUCUCAGUGUAUAAGGUCAAGGAGUUGAUACUGAGAGAGUGGAGGGAGGAGUGGGAGGGGAAGCCGGCGAGUCCAACUAGCAUUCGGUUGAUUCACUUUGGAAAGUUGUUGGAUGAUAAAGAGAGUUUGAAGAAAUACAAAUUCUCCCCCGACACCCCCAACGUCGUCCACAUGUCGGUUCGACCAGCCGAGAUGAUGGAAGAAGACGGCGAAGGCGCCAAAGGCGGCAAGGCCGCAGGCGGGCGAGAAGGAUCAAGGAGAGAAGGAGGAGGCGGGUGUUGUGUUAUUCUAUGAGGGAUAGUCACAACAUGCUCUCAGCCUAUCUCGUCCUUUGCCGGCUCGCUGCUUCGAAGCGUCUUUAUAUCACCAUCAGAGUGCUAUCAGAUUGGGUUUGGUUGAUGUCACUACCGAUACCGACUGAACAUCGACAAACCAAUCUGAACAGCAGCGGAUCCAUCGUCGACUUGGCGAAGGAGUCUUUGGUCCCUUUGAAGCGACAAAGAUCCGGCACCUGAUGUUAGUCCAGCUGGACCCUUGUUCAGUACCCAGCGAAUGCACAGAUGUGGUGAGGACGAAUUAUCCUACAUCCACACAGCGAACCCUUACUUGUCACUAUUGCAUUUCAGAUAAGCGGCCGGUUGGUGGCCGUUAUUGUUUAAAGAGGUAUAUUUGGCUAUUCCAUGUAUUUCAUGUAUUCUUGUUAGUGGGAGGCUUGGGCGGAAUGUUCCUGUUUUCACUUUCCCUUCCUUCUUCGUUUCGCUCACUUACUUGUUGUUCGUCGGAUAUGUUUUUUUUCCUCAUGGCUUUGCUUACAGACGGGGCUGUACCGGGAAUGGCGUCUCGUAUACAACGCUCCUUUCUUGUUUAUGUUUUCAUUGGGUGUGUGUGGACAGCAGUUAUUGCCCACUCAGCGGGAGUUGUUGUUUGUGCUUGACUAGCGUAUUGGUGGGAGAGAGCUGGAGGAACCUUUUUGUUUUCUUUGAGAGAAUGGGAUAGAGGUGUGGCGAUGAGUGGUGGCUGAUGUGAAUACUUGGGCCAUGAGGCGCUCCUCCCGAACCAGAUGGAUGAGGGAUUGGAGCUCUCGGGCAGAGCGUAUGGAUACGAUGACCGACCUCGGAGAGAUGAGUAUGGUCAUGUACAUAUUACGAGUUUACUGGGCGUUGGGAAAUAUUGAAUGAUGAGAAUAUCUUUGACGUUCGCUCCAUUGUCCAUGACUGCUGUGUAGCUUGGUGAAGAAGGAUGUGACAGAUGGUCCCGAACCCCAGCUUCCAGAAGUGCGAUGCCAUAGGCUCGACAUCCGAUGUAUGUGCUCCCGAACAGCGUGACUGUGUGCGAGCACCAAUGAGGUGGUUCAUGUCUAAUAGCCGUAUUGCCGAUUCCAAAGUAUCUCUUGGGCAAGCUGUAUUGAAUCUUCAACUCAUUCCCCAACUUGCCAUCACACGUCCAUUAUAUCCCAUCAGACACCAACCACCCCGUAUAUCAAAAUCAAAGCCUUAAGCCGAAAUCCUCAACUUCCUCUCCAUCUCCUCAUGCACGCUCACCUCGGCCCUACUCUCCUCUCCCGUGUACACAUCCUCCCACGUGAUAUCUCCAUCCCGUCCCAUCAGGAUCUCCUCAUGCACAUUGCCCAUGCCGCCCAUCAUGCCCACACCCCCGCCCAACGCCAAGGGCUUCCACUCGCCGUCUCGCACAAUCUUGAGCUCCAUUUGGCGUCGAAUAGGCUCGGCCAUGCCGAACGUGCGGCGCAGAGUCUCCAUGCGCAAGGUCUCGCGCGUGGCUUCCCAUUGCUUGAGGCGCGAUUCGAGCGGGUGCGAGGAGAUGGGGACUGCCGAGGCGGUGGCGGUUGCACCAGAAGAAGAAGAAGAAGAGGAUUUGACGGAGUCGAGAGGGUGGGGAGCGAGGCCUGAGCGGAGGGUGUCGUGCAGACCUGGAGCCGAAGGGGCGGCGAUGGAGCGGAGGUGGGUGAAGGUUGAGGAGUGGGAGUC